AUGGUGUACCCAUCAAAGACAAAGAAGCCGGAGCCGCCGUUGUGGAAAUGGAAGGGGUUAAAGCUCACCACCAAUGCUGAAAAGACUUACUCCAUUUCCGAUUUCCUCCACGAAAACACUUCUAAACUAGAAGAAGCCGUCCUGGGUCCAGGAGCCGGUGCAGGGGUCGGCUGCGGCGCUGGAGUGGGAAUAGGGCUGGUCGGCGGCGUGGGGUUUGGGGGUUCCGACUGGAAUCAUGUAAGGAUGGCGUUUGGAUUUGGUAUCGGAUGCGGCGUUGGAGUAGGGUUUGGGUAUGGGCAGGGGUUCGGGUUCGGAUCUAGUUGGGCAAAUCUGAAAUCCCGGAUAGUAAAACCGCAUUCAGAUUCGAAUAAGCGAUUGUUAAUUCAGCUCUGA